AUCCGCGGAAGUGGGAGCGGUCUCUGGUCAUCUCCUGUACUGUCUGCAGUCUCUGAUCAUCUCCUGUACUGUCUGCAGUCUCUGAUCAUCCUCUGUACUGUCUGCAGUCUCUGGUCAUCCUCUGUACUGUCUGCAGUCUCUGGUCAUCUCCUGUACUGUCUGCAGUCUCUUGGUCAUUCCCUGUACUGUCUGCAGUCUCUGGUCAUCCCCUGUACUAUCUGCAGUCUCUGGUCAUCCCCUGUACUGUCUGCAGUCUCUGGUCAUCUCCUGUACUGUCGGCAUUCUCUUGGUCAACUCCUGUACUGUCUGCAGUCUCUGGUCAUCCCCUGUACUGUCUGCAGUCUCUGGUCAUCCCUUGUACUGUCUGCAGUCUCUGGUCAUCUCCUGUACUGUCUGCAGUCUCUUGGUCUUCCCUUGUACUGUCUGCAGUCUCUGGUCAUCUCCUGUACUGUCGGCAGUCUCUUGGUCAUCUCCUGUACUGUCUGCAGUCUCUGGUCAUCCCCUGUACUGUCUGCAGUCUCUGGUCAUCUCCUG